AUGGAUACGGAUCACAUCAACUAUCAACAGCAAAUAGCCCAAUCACAAAAUGAAGAGAAAAAUCACGAAUUAAUCGAAAGAAUCGAAGAUGUCCCAAAACAAGACGUUCUUUCCAUUGGUAUUCAUCAACAUCCCGAUGACUACCAAACAAUUCAACAGAAUACUGACAAUACAAUCAAUGCCUUGACUCCUACUCAACAGCAACAACGAUUAUUCACAUUAUUAGUCAUUGCUUUUAUUGCUCUUUUAACAGGAAUUGAUUAUGCGAUUAUUCUACCGACAGCAUGGGGUUAUAUCAAUAAGUUCAUGCAAUUUCAUUACGGUGGUUUUGUCAUGGGCGCACUUUUGUCCGUAUUUGCUUUGUCAGGUGCAAUCGCCGGCAUCGUUCUCGGUUAUUUAAAUGACUCAGGAAUGCCAUUGAAACGAUUAAUAUUCUUCGGUGUUAUGUUUAAAAUCAUCGGAAAUAUUCUCUAUUUUGUCGGUAUUAAUAUUUAUAUUGUUGUCAUAUCAAGAUUGAUUGCUGGAAUUGGAAUGGGAUUGGUGCCACCUUUACUCGCGGAAAUUUCCAGACGAUCAACACCAAAAACACGUACACAACUAUUAGCAAAAAUUCUUGCUUGUCGACAAAUCGGUCUUCUUCUCGGACCGUGUUUUACAAUCCUACUAAAACAAAUGAAAUUUACAUUUCUUGGUAUUGAAGUAACAAUGUACAAUUCACCCGGGCUAAUAAUGGCACUUCUUUGGAUCGUAUUGAUGUUUUUAACAUUCUUCUUCUUUUAUGAUUUACCUCUAUCGGCGACUGAUCGAAAAUCAUUAACAAAUUCAAUGAAUGAUUAUUCGAUUCAACAGGCGUUCAAGCGUCUUUUCUCAAUGUGCAAAAAACCUGUGAUUUUAGUCCUACUCAUAACCUCAUUUAUUGCCUACUUCAACCAAACAGCAUUAGAAACGACAUUAACACCAUUCACAAAUGAACAAUUCAAUUGGCAUGAACUACAAGUAUCAAUUCUAUUCGCUGUUGCUGGAAUUGAAAUCACUCUCGUAUAUGUUGUCUUGCAUUACAUAACAAAAAAGUUUCCAGAUCAAUCAAUUCUUCUCUUUGGUUAUGUUCUUCUUAGUAUAGCUUGUUUAAUUGCUGUGAUUAUCUUGCCGUUUUCGGAACCGGGCUCGCAGAAAUAUUUACCCAUCUUUCUAGUCUUUGUCGCGUUAGAUAUUCUCGCUUUACCUCUCGUUGUUGUGACAAGUACGAGUCUGUUCACUCAACAAAUCGAGAACGAUGAACAAGGAAUCGGCCAAGGUAUUCAACGCUUUGUUAUUAACGUUGCCACCGUUGUUGGUCCUCUGUAUGCUGGAGGUCUCUUGCAAUCAACUUGGAUUAUGCUUUGUUCGAUGUUGUUUAUCGUGUUAUUUGGAGCAUUUCUCAUCAUAACAAUCUAUCGUUCAUUUAAAAGCAAACAUGAUGAAGAAUUGUCGUCGUUGAUAAGACCGGUUAAUGAAAAUCGAUAG